AGGGCCUUCGGCAUAAACAAAUCCAGACUCCUAGGACAAAUCACUUGCCAACUGCAAGGAAGGCCUGGGGCUCAUGGUUUCACUCUGAGCUCCAGGUGGAAACUUUCCGGGGGGGACAAGACAGACCCAGCACCCGCGGAUGCCACUGCGGCAAGACAAGCGUGGUGACUGGACAUGAUCCUGAGGCCUGGAGACCCCCACAGCUGGUCUCUCUGAUUCGUGGUGCUAGCAAAACUUGAGCUUGCUUGCUCUGGGGGCUUCCUCUCCUCUUUGUAGGAUGGAUGAGGAGUCGUCAGCCGGGCUUCUCUUCAAAGACCACAGCUUCUCCUCUGACUUGUUGAGGCAGCUCAAUGGCUUAAGACAGAGCAGGAUCCUCACCGACGUGAGCAUCUGCACCGGGGCCGGGGAGGUGCCCUGCCACCGCAACGUGCUGGCCUCCAGCAGCCCCUACUUCAGGGCCAUGUUCUGCAGCCACUUCCGGGAGAGCCAAGAGGCCAAAGUGCAGCUGCAAGGUCUCGACUCGGUGACUCUGGAGCUGAUUGUCACGUACGUGUACACGGGGGAGGCGCACAUCACAGCGGUCAACGUGCUCCCACUGAUGGAGGCGGCUGCUAUGCUACACUACCCCAGGCUGUUUGAGGCCUGUUCCUCUUACCUGCAGAGCCAGCUGGCCCCCAGCAACUGCCUGAGCCUGGUCAGACUCGCCGAAAUCUUAAGCUGUGACAGCCUCAAGAGGAAAGCCAGGGAGGUGGCCCUGGCGAACUUCCCGGAGGUGGCGGCAUCGGCCGACCUGAAGGAGCUCUGCGCCUUGGAGCUGAGAGACUACCUGGGAGACGACGCGCUCUGUGGGGAGGAGGAGAAGGUGUUUGAGACCCUCAUGGCUUGGGUCAAGCAUGACCCCCAGACCCGGAGGCAGUAUAUGCAGGAACUGUUGCAGCAGGUGCGACUGCAGUACAUCCAUCCAGCCUUCUUCCACCACUUCAUCGCCGGCGAUGCCCUCCUCCAGUCCUCCCCUGCGUGCCAGGCCAUCCUGGACGUGGCCAGGAAGCGGGUGUUCUCUUUGCACGGCUCCAGCACCCCGGACUGCAAUCCCCUGUGGCCCACCCCUCCAAGGAGCUCCUAUCAAGACUUCCUCCUCCUCUUGGGGGGACGGAAGGAUAACCAGCAGACCACCCGAGAUGUCCUUCUCUAUAGUGCGCAGACCGGCCAGUGGCAGAGCCUUGCCAAACUCCCCAGCCGGCUGUACAAGGCGUCAGCCGUCACCUUGCACCGUAGCAUCUAUGUGCUGGGGGGCAUGGUCAUCAGCGAGGGCAAGAGUGUCGUCAGCCGCAGCGUCCACAUCUUCUCCCUGAAACUCAACCAGUGGAGGCUGGGGGAGCCCAUGCUAGUGGCCCGCUACUCCCACAGAAGCACUGCCCACAAGAACUUCAUAUUCUCCAUUGGGGGCACUGGGGAAGGGCAGGAGCUCCUGGGCUCCAUGGAGAGAUAUGACAGCAUCGGCGACAUCUGGGAGACCAUGGCCCGCAUGCCAGUGGCAGUGCUCCAUCCUGCUGUCGCCGUGAAGGACCAAAGGCUCUACAUCUUUGGGGGUGAAGACAUCAUGCGGAACCCUGUGCGCCUCAUCCAGGUUUACCACAUUUCCAGAAACACGUGGUUCAAAAUGGAGACGCGGAUGAUCAAGAACGUGUGCGCCCCUGCGGUGGUGCUGGGGGAGCGGAUUGUCAUCGUGGGAGGUUACACAAGGAGAAUUCUUGCUUAUGACCCUCGCUCUAACAAAUUUGUCAAGUGUGCCGAUAUGAAAGACCGCAGGAUGCACCACGGGGCCACGGCGAUGGGAAGCAAGCUCUACGUGACGGGCGGGAGGCGGCUGACCACGGACUGCAACAUCGAGGACUCGGCCUCCUUCGACUGCUAUGACCCUGACACAGACACCUGGACGUCCCAGGGACAGCUGCCACACAAGCUCUUUGACCAUGCCUGCCUAAGUCUCCAGUGCAUACCCCACGUGAUCGGCCUCUCGUGACAGCCACAAGGAACCUGUGGCCGGCAAGGGACCCACCCAGCUCCAAAGACCUAAGGAUGCGAGAGUGAGUCACAGGCUGAGGUGACAAUGUUUCCAUCCUCCAUGUGCCCAGUCUUGCAAAACAAUGCUCAUAGGCCCUUAUUGGACUCUAUGCUUACUUCUGGAGCCUCUUACUGUUACCAAGAAUCUUGCUACUAAAGCUGGACAGGUAUGGAUCGUGUCAUUCCAGACAAGGGUGGCAUUAGCUACUGGAUUGACUGCCCACCUGAACUUCCUGGAAUAGGUCAGAAACAGUCCCCCAAGAGAAGAAAUUCUGGGAUGACAAGCACACGUGUCCAGAGUACCCCCAACAUCUGGAAUGAAAGGGUUGCCACUGCUAAGUUUCUCUGCAUUCUCUCACAGUACGCUGAAAUGCCAGCAAAGAAGGUUUUCAAAAUUAUCUUGCACUGGGAAGCAUUUA